CAAAAGCACUGAACUACUGAGAUUGUGAACACUUUAAUAAUUUACACAUUUUGGUAAACGUAGAAAAAUAUUAUACUUACUGUUGACUAUUUUAAAAGCAUUUGCUAAUUUAUUAUCACGCUCACACUGGUACAAUAUGGCAUCGAAAAAAUAAAUUAUAACAAUCGUCACUCAUCACGACAGCUCUGGGUCUAAUUGGGAUUUGCAAGUUUGACCAGGUUCUACUAGCGAUCUUGGGUUAAAAAUGUCCGGCCGAAGAAAACCACCCCCACCAGGGUUCAGUUUUAAACCUCAAGAAGAGCAAGUUAACGUGACUCCUCCAAGGAACCUGGACAAACAAACCACUAUCACAGUAGAUGAUAAAACAUUCACUGUCCAUGCGGAUGACUUGGUCAAGUUAUGUGAUCUUGGUCGUGGAGCGUAUGGCAUUGUGGAGAAGAUGCACCACAAACCCAGUAACACUAUAAUGGCUGUUAAGAGAAUAACAGCAUCAUUUAACACUCAGUCAUUGGAGCUUAAGCGUUUGUUGAUGGAUCUUGAUGUUUCAAUGAGGGCCAGUGCAUGUCCUUAUACAGUACAUUUCUAUGGUGCCAUGUUUCGAGAGGGUGAUGUAUGGAUCUGCAUGGAAGUUAUGGAUAUGAGCCUUGAUAAGUUCUACACUAAGGUAUACAAGAAUAAUAAGACUAUAACAGAAAAUAUUCUUGGAAAAAUUGCAUUUUCAGUUGUAAGUGCUCUUCAUUACCUCUAUUCAAAGCUGAGGGUCAUACAUAGAGAUGUAAAACCUUCCAAUAUUUUAAUCAAUAGAAAAGGAGAAGUGAAGAUGUGCGACUUUGGCAUUUCAGGAUAUUUAGUAGACUCGGUAGCAAAGACUAUUGAUGCAGGAUGUAAGCCAUAUAUGGCACCAGAACGCAUUGACCCAAGUGGUAAUCCAGGGCAAUAUGAUAUUCGAAGUGAUGUAUGGUCACUUGGAAUAUCUAUGAUUGAACUUGCCACUGGUAAAUUUCCCUACAACACAUGGGGUACACCAUUUGAGCAACUAAAGCAAGUUGUUAAAGAUGAUCCUCCAAGUCUUCCCAGCGGACAAUUUACACCUGAGUUUGAAGAUAUGAUUACCAAAUGUCUCAAGAAAGACUACAAACAGAGACCUAAUUAUGACGCUCUGCUGAUCCAUCCAUUCUGCCAAGAGCAUAGUCAGAAAGAAACAGAUGUGUCUUCCUUUGUCCAAGAAAUAUUAGAUUUACCUGAUGAUUCCUAGUAAUAGGAAAAUAAUUAUUUACUUACCUAUAAGUACAAGUGUUUAGCAACUAACAAUAGUGUAGUCUGUAGAGUUCGUAAUUAAAAAUCGUUAUUAACACUUAAUUUAUGGCAAGAUUUAAUGAUUAGUUGUCUGAAAGGAUUAGAUUGAUAUUUCGAAGUUUUUGACACAAAAGGUUGAAAUAGUUUAUUUUUUCUCUUAAAUAUAGUGCUUAACUGCUAACCUCAAGAGUGGCCUAAUAAUUAGUGAGAACCAUGGCCUUAACCCAUUUGUGACAUUUUUGUGACUAUUAUUGAAGCGACAUUGAUAGGGCGAUACAUAAUAUACAUCACA